ACAGUCAAAGCUCGUAAUCACAACAUUAGAUCGUGGAAAACGGUUGAAUACAGAAAGGUUAAACAAAUUAAAAGCGAAAUUAUUAAUAACCUUUUUAUUUUAAAUAAUUUAUUAUUAAAUGUUUAUGAUUAUUUUAAAAUAUGUUUGAGCAUUUCUUUUGACAACUCAAUUAUUUUGGUUAACCAAAUCAAAAAAAUACAUUAACAAAAAAAUGCAUUUACAUUAAAGCUAGCUAGUUUUUUAUCACACAAACUUAUAAUGGAUUUAGAGGUGCGGCAGCUGGAAUUGCUUUGUAAACAGCUAUAUGAGUCCCAAGAUCCAGCAGCAAGAGCUGAAGCUGAAAAGGCUUUAGUAGUUUUUCAAGAUUCACCAGAUACACUACCAAAAUGCCAAUUAUUAUUAGAUCGUGGAGAUUCAUGUUAUGCUCAAUUACUUGCAGCUACAACAUUAACCAAAUUAGUGUCAAAAAGUGCACAAGGUUUAAGUUUACAGCAGCGUGUUGAUAUACGAAAUUAUGUUUUAAAUUAUUUAGCUACAAGAAUGAAAUUAUCGAAUUUUGUAAUACAAGCACUUGUUACACUAUUUGCAAGAAUUACAAAAUUGGGAUGGUUUGAUUUGAAUAAGGAUGUAUUUGUUUUUAGAAAUGUGGUGGCAGAUAUUACUAAGUUUUUACAGGGUUCUGUGGAGCAUUGUAUGAUUGGAGUCCAACUACUAUCACAAUUAACAUGUGAAAUGAAUCAAAUAUCCGAAGCGGAUGCAAAUCGAUCGUUACCAAAGCAUAGAAAAAUCGCCUCAUCAUUUCGCGAUACACAACUAUUUGAAAUAUUUCGCUUAUCAUGUUCAUUAUUGGGUACAGCACGUGAAAAUUGUAAAAGUUUAAACUUUCACGAUGAGGCUCAACAUGGUUUAGUGACGCAGUUAUUACGUCUUGCUCAAAAUUGUUUAACAUUUGAUUUUAUCGGUACAACCACGGAUGAAUCAUCGGAUGACUUAUGCACAGUACAGAUACCAACCAGUUGGAGACCAGCAUUUUUGGAUUUUACAACACUACGAUUAUUUUUUGAUCUGUAUCAUUCAUUACCAAAUACAUUAUCAUCGUUGGCACUAUCAUGCUUGGUUCAGAUUGCAUCUGUAAGACGAUCGCUGUUUAGUAACGCAGAACGGGCGAAAUUUUUAACGCAUUUGGUGAAUGGUGUUAAACAUAUUUUACAAAAUCCACAAGGUUUGAGUGAUCCAGGCAAUUAUCAUGAAUUUUGUCGAUUGUUGGCACGAUUAAAAUCUAAUUAUCAGUUGGGUGAAUUAGUAAUGGUGGAGAAUUAUCGUGAAGCUAUCCAACUUAUUGCUAAAUUCACUGUCCAAAGUUUACAGAUGUGGCAAUUUGCACCUAAUAGUGUUCAUUAUUUAUUAAGUUUAUGGCAAAGAAUGGUUGCAUCUGUACCAUAUGUAAAAGCUACUGAACCUCAUCUUUUAGAAACAUAUACACCAGAGGUUACUAAUGCAUAUAUUACAUCAAGAUUAGAAUCUGUUGCAGUUGUCGUAAGAGACGGAUUAGAAGAUCCUCUAGAUGAUUUGGGAAUGGUCCAACAACAAUUAGAACAAUUAUCCGUGAUUGGACGGUGUGAAUAUCAAAAAACAUGUCAUCUUCUUGUUCAAUUAUUUGAUCAAUCAGCGCGAGUAUAUCAGGAGUUGAUGACAAGCCCGGCCAGCCCUACACAACAAAUUGAAAAUACCAUCCAAGAAGGACGUCUAACGUGGCUUGUAUAUAUUAUCGGAUCAGCUAUAGGUGGUCGUGUAUCGUUUAACAGCAACGAAGAACACGACGCUAUGGAUGGUGAAUUGGUGUGUCGUGUACUUCAAUUAAUGAACUUAACUGAUUCACGAUUAUCUCAAGCGGGCUGUGAAAAACUUGAAUUAGCCAUGUUAUCAUUUUUUGAACAAUUUCGUAAAAUGUAUGUGGGUGAUCAAAUACAGAAAAACUCUAAAGUGUAUAAAAGACUUUCAGAAGUGUUAGGUCUCACUGAUGAAGCAAUGGUGCUUAGUGUAUUUAUAAGGAAAAUCAUUACGAAUUUAAAAUAUUGGGGUCGUAGUGAGCAAAUAAUUAGUAAAACACUACAAUUGUUGAAUGAAUUAUCAUUGGGUUAUAGUUGUGUAAGAAAAAUGGUGAAAUUAGAAGAAGUACAAUUUAUGUUAAAUAAUCAUACAAGUGAACAUUUUCCAUUUUUAAGUAAUGCUGCUGAUGUUAAAGAGAUGCGUUGUAGAUCGAUGUUUUAUACAUCCUUAGGGCGAUUAUUAAUGGUAGAUUUGGGUGAAGAUGAAGAUACCUUUCAUACAUUUAUGUUACCAUUAACAGCUGCUUUUGAAAAUAUUGGUACCAUGCUAGCAACUGCCAGUACACCAGUUUUUGCGGAAAAUGAAGCCAAAAAAGCAUUAAUUGGAUUAGCUCGUGAUUUAAGGGGAUUGGCAUUUGCUCUAAAUACGAAAACAUCGUAUAUGAUGUUAUUUGAUUGGAUAUAUCCUAGCUAUACACCAAUAUUAAUACAUGCCAUUGAAUUAUGGUACCAUAAUCCAGAAGUAACAACGCCUGUAUUAAAAUUAUUCGCGGAAUUAGUAUAUAACAGGUCGCAACGAUUACAAUUUGAUACGUCAUCACCUAAUGGUAUAUUAUUAUUUAGGGAAGCCAGUAAAGUUAUUUGUAGUUAUGGUAGUCGUAUUUUAAAUGUAGAAGUACCAAAGGAACAAACGUAUCCGUUAAAAUUAAAAGGUAUUUCAAUAUGUUUUUCAAUGUUAAAAGCAGCGUUAUGUGGUAAUUAUGUGAAUUUUGGUGUGUUUCGAUUGUAUGGUGAUCAAGCGUUAGAUAAUGUUUUAAAUACGUUUAUUAAGUUAUUAUUAUCGAUUCCACAGUCUGAUUUAUUGGAUUAUCCAAAAUUAUCCCAAACGUAUUAUGUUUUAUUAGAACAUUUAGCUCAAGAUCAUAUGAGUUUCUUAGCAACAUUGGAACCACAUGUAUUUUUGUUUAUUCUAGCAUCAAUAUCGGAAGGUCUAACUGCUCUAGAAACUAUGGUUUGUACUGGUUGUUGUGCGUCUUUGGAUUAUAUAGUCACAUAUUUAUUUAAACAAUUAACACAGAAAGCUCCAAUGUAUCCAGGUAAAAAACAACGUCCUGGUAUGGUCCCACCAAACGAUAUGUUCCUGAAAGUAUUAGAAAUGCAUCCAGAAAUCCUACAACAAAUAUUGAGUACCGUACUAAAUGUAAUCAUGUUUGAAGAUUGUCGUAACCAAUGGUCAAUGUCACGUCCGUUAUUGGGUUUAAUUCUUUUAAACGAAGAUUAUUUUAAUCAAAUGAGAGAGAAUAUCAUACAGAGUCAACCACCAGAUAAACAAUCAGCAAUGGCGCAAUGGUUUGAAAAUUUAAUGCAUGGAAUAGAAAGAAAUUUACUAACCAAAAAUAGAGAUAGAUUUACACAAAACUUAUCACUAUUCCGAAGAGAUAUUAAUGAUUCAUUCAAAAGUCCUAACAUGAACGCUUCAUCGGUCAGUGAUGUAAUGACUUUCUAGUGACUGUAAAACAAUCACGUGUAUUAUUUAAAAAAAUGAAGAACAAUAACAAAUGUUAAUAAAAGUAAAUUAAGUGAAAAGUCACCACCAAAACAUAUAAAUGAGAAAAAAACGUGUUGUGAAUAAUUAUUAUUCUUU